CACCAGCCAUGCCUCUCUGUUCAAGACUUGAAUGCGGGAAAUUUAUAUCUAGGGAGCGUGCCGCAAGGUUCUGAGAUUUCGGCGUAUCCUGACAAGCCGGCCAAGAUAUUUCGGUUUCCCUAUCUCUCAAUCCUGAUAGCACCCUGGGCUGCAUGUGUGGGUCUUAUCUUGUCUACCGAAAGGCGCCCAACUUGUUCCCCCCUCGACACGACAACAUCUUGAGUCACGGACAGAAUCAGUGCGUAGGCCAGAAUCGCACUCUACGGCUCUCAAGUCUCAGUCAAAGAAUACCCGCCCUCAUACAUCAAUAUGGGCUUUCUUUCCUACACGAUACGGAUAGCGAUGCUAAACGCGGACACGCCGGUCCCAAACGUGUCGGCCAGAUUCAAAACCUAUGGAACAAUCUUUCACAACCUCCUGAGCGACGCUGCAUCUCGAAUUUCUCCGCAUGUCAAGAUCCAAUCUACCGACUUUGACGUGGUUCGAGGCGAGUACCCAGAAUCCGCUGCAGACUUCGAUGUUAUCCUUGUCACCGGCUCAGCAGCAUCGGCAUACUACGACGAGGUCUGGAUCCAUAAACUCGACGAAUAUUUGACGACAAUAUACGAUACCUGCCCGCAGAUCAAAAUCUUUGGAAGCUGCUUUGGACACCAGAUCGUCUGCCAGAGCUUGCUUGGGGGGUUUGGAUGCAAGGUGGAAAAGAACCCGAAGGGAUGGGAACUCGGCGUACAUGGAAUUCAACUGACGGAUGAAUUCCGGAAAGCGUUUCCAUCACGAAAAUGUCAAUCACCGACCUCAGGUCCCGGCCAGUUGACGCCAGCACCUGAAAUGAUGCGUCUUCAGUUUGUCCACGCCGACCAUGUUGCGCUCCCCGCAGAAGGGCUACCGGAGUCUUGGAUCUCGAUUGGUCAAACGAAACGAUGUGGUCUCCAGGGUGUUUUUGAACCCAGCCGGGUGCUCACCUUUCAAGGCCAUUUCGAGUUUGACCGUUUUGUCAAUAGUGAAACGAUCAAGGUAUUUGGAGCGAAAUGGGACCCGAAGGAAUUCCAGGAUGCCAUGGACGCGAUUGACGCGGACGAUGAUGCCAAAGCGGCCGCGGAGAUUGUGUUGAGGUUUCUGCUAUAAUCUCCGAGGAUAGUGAGAUUAGAAAUCUUGUUUACUCCUA